UUGACACCGGCAUCGGCAGUCGCGCUUUUCACUCUAACAAACCUUUUAGUUGACAAAGUGCUUGUUUGUUUUUCUUCUCGAUAUCGUUUAACUGUCUCAAAGUGGAGGAACCGUGGUGAUGAGAGGAGAACGAGCAGCAUCUGGCUCCUGGAUUAUGUUUUACUACAGCACUGACUGUGGCCACUUCCCUUUCCCUUUGUACUGGACCAGUUAAAAAGAUGUGAUGAAUGAAGACCACUGAAACAAUGUACAUGCCAAACUAGUAACAAGUGUUGGGUCAAGACAAUUGUCGCGCUGAUGGACAAAGACGAGUCAAAUAAAUAAAUUGGAAUAUGGAGAAGACUUUGGAUAUGCCUCUCUCCUUAUAUGUUGGAAGGACGUAUCAACAGCGACGAUGAACCCACAUGAUACGUCUCACUUCAGGAGGGAUCUUUUGACUCAUUUUCAUUUACUGUAGUCAACUUUGUCAUUGUUGAUUUAAAAAAAAGGUAAAUGAACUCGGUAUCAAAUCAGCUUCAACUUAGUUCUUGAAGUGUUGAUGAAAGAAGAAAAAGUGCUGCUGUAGUUAUGACUGCAGGCUGUAUGCCAGGUGAAAAGCAAACACAUGCACUGAGUUUAUAUAUUUCUGUCCUGUCAUGAUUUGGAUUUAAACUAUUUUGUAAUAAUGUAUUUCUGUAUUCUUUUUUAGUUCACAUCAGUACUAUGUCUUGCCACUAGAGCAUAUGUUUGGAGAGUCUCGUGCUUGGUAAUUCCAGAAAGAUGCACAUUCAUGCCGGACGCGUUGCUUCCCAUCCCUCCAACUUCAACAACUUUGUCUAUCAAGCUGACCAGAAAAAGAAUUCGAGGUUUUGCAGGUGAUCUGUACACUGACCUUUUUAAGAUUAUAUAUUACAUCACAAUCUUGGUUUUACCAAACAAAAACAAAUGUAUAGUCCCCAUUUCUUUCCCUCUAACUUGCUCAGGUGUAAGUGAACUAGCAACCUUUGAGGUAUGUUGGCUUUGCUAGAUAGGAUCUAUUGGAAGCGUUCAGUGUUUUGCUUCUGAAGAAUUGUUGCAGAAGUUUUCUAGUGAAUGAAAUAGAUAUAACAAUGACUGUCAAGCACUUAUUCAUACUAUCUAAUACAGAAUAUGAAACUGUCAAAGCGGUGACGUGAUUGGACCACAGUUCUUUGCAGAGACGAACACAAUUUAUGUGUUUUGGUUCAAUAGUUUCUAUUUAACUAACUACCUUUGUCUUUUCUUCUUCAUGCCAAAACCAAGGUUAUUUUCUGGAUGAACUUUGUAAGAAUUUGCAUGCUUUUUCUCUUUCUCCUUAUCAGCAGCAUGUUCAUGUUUUCAUUGUUUGACCGAAAUUGUUGUCUGUAUAAUCUGUGUAGUAUAUCUACUGUCUUGUAUUUAACUGUCUAGUGUUUCAUCCCUAACCAUCAUCCUCUGUUGUUGAGUUUAUGCCACUGUUUUGAGGUGUAUCCUGCCUGCAUGUGUUGUUUCUAUUCAUAGGAACCAUAGUGGCCCUGCUAUUGAAGGUAAUCUUUCAGAGUGAGAGCCUAAGCUGACUACAGUUUUAGCGCAACAUGCUUUGCUGAAGUUUCCAUCGAAGGAAAUUGAAUGUAAAUCAACAUGUGUGCUGCCAACGGUUGCUGCUGACAACACAUUGCAGAAUAGACUGUUUUCAAGACUGAAGGACUAUUCUGGGACAUCUGAUGGACCAGUUGCAUGAAACAAAAGUGUCACCUGGUUAUCAUGUGGACCUAAAUCAAAGUGUCAGUGAGGAAUGAGACUCUGGUUCACAUCUAACACAUUGUCAUCCCAGUAACACGCUUCUAACUCAAUGGAUUCGUAAUUGUUUCACAAAGCACAUGGACUGAGUUUUUUUCCCCAAAAGUAGCAGGAAGCUUGCAGUAAACUAUGGGGGCUGCGCGUGUCAAAAGGCGCUUCAGUGCUGUGGUGGAUGGGCCAGUGGAGGAGGAGGAGGUCAUGAGGCUGGCUCAGAGUGCUGCAGAUACAGCCAAGACAGGAGGAAGCCCAACAGGGUCAGGUACUCCGACCAGUCCCUCUCCAACCCACGCCCUGAAUGGCAAAGCUCUGCAUUUUCAGAGCAACAGUCACAAUGCACGGAGGCAGAGUGCCACUGGAGAGUCAGUCCAUGGAGAUACAUGGGAAGAGAGAGCAGAAAUGUGUUCCGGCCUAAGGAGCGGAAAAGGAGGUAGUGUAGGGGGAAGAGGAGAUGGUAGGUCAUCAUCAGACCGGAAUUCACUCUCCUCCCCCUCCACUAUGAGCCAUCGGCGCAACCGGUGCUCAAGCCGUCGGCCCCGUCAGCGCUUUGUGGGCAAGGACGGACACUGCAACGUCACUUUUGUCAACAUGAGCGAGAGGGGCCAGCGGUACCUCAUUGACCUCUUCACUACUUGUGUAGACAUCCGCUGGCGCUGGAUGCUGGUCAUCUUUACCCUCUCCUUUCUUCUCUCCUGGCUGAUCUUUGGGUUUGCCUUUUGGCUUAUUGCCUCUGCGCAUGGGGACCUCUAUAUACAGCUCUCCCCCAGUUCAGGACCCUCUGGAGAGGGCAGGUCUGUGGCAGAGAUGGAUAAAGUGGCAGUGGUCGAGGAGCCGUGCUUCCUCCAGGUCAACAGUUUCAUGGCAGCCUUUCUUCUCUCCUUGGAAACACAAACAUCUAUCGGUUACGGAUUCAGGAGUGUAACUGAAGAGUGUCCCUUGGCGGUGGCGGCGGUCGUUUUGCAGUGCAUUGUGGGCUGCAUUAUUGACGCCUUCAUCAUCGGGGCAGUGAUGGCGAAGAUUGCCAAGCCCAAGAAGCGCAACGAGACACUUGUGUUCUCUGAAACUGCCGUGGUUGCAUUAAGAGAUGGAAAACUCUGUAUGAUGUGGAGGGUUGGAAACCUACGCAAGAGUCACCUGGUAGAAGCACAUGUCCGGGCUCAGCUGUUGAAGCCAAGAGUCACUUCAGAGGGAGAGUUUCUACCACUGGAUAACGUGGACAUCAAUGUUGGAUUUGAUACUGGCACUGACCGCAUCUUCCUAGUCUCACCAGUGACAAUUGUCCACGAGAUCAAUGACGAGUCUCCGUUCUAUGAAAUGGACCGUAAGACUCUGGAAAGUGACUCUGAAUUGGAGGUCGUAGUCAUACUAGAGGGCAUGGUGGAAGCCACAGCCAUGACCACACAGUGUCGUAGCUCUUAUCUGGCAUCGGAAAUCCUGUGGGGACAUCGUUUUGAACCUGUUCUCUUUGAGAGGAAGGAGUGCUACCAGGUUGACUACUCAUUCUUCCAUCGAACAUAUGAGAUUCCAGACACACCCUCAUGUAGCGCUAAAGAACUGAUGGAGCAGAAGUACCUUCAGGACGCACGCUUGUCCUUCUGCUACGAGAAUGAAGUUGCAUUGCUCAAUAGGUCUCCAGAUAAGGAGCCCAAAUGACUUAUGGGAUCAGAUGUUGACUGAAGGAUCAGGGAAAAGUGUAGGAAGGACAGGAAGAGGUUGGGACAGAGGGGAGCCAUGGAAGGGAGCUUGUGUGGAGGUAAUAUACAGUAAACUCUGGCUGCGAAGGAAUGACUGAACUUUUCAGACUUGCAGGUAAGCUAUAAGUUAGUGUUGACUUUUACACUACGAUAGGCUUCAUGUGGAGUUGUCUGAUUGGCCCUGGCAAUCUUCAAAAGCUGUAAGCUUUCUUCUUAUCUACAACUGGCCCAUCAUCACCCAGCACAACCGCGUCAAAAGCCCGAAGGAGGUCCAACACCGCCACCAGGUGGUAAAAUACAGCGAUUACGUGCAACAAUUUGUCAUUGAUGUAAUUUUUUUUUAAUGGAUUGUUUUUAUUUUUUUACGGUGAGUAUGAAAGGUAAAUCACACAAUGUAAAGAUAUUAAAAUAUUAAGUCAUUUCAAAAUUAUUCAUAUGGUGACUUAGGCUUUGCAAGCACAAGAACUGAUUAAAUGUAAAAACAUAUGUCAACAUGCAGCACUCUAUGUUACAAGUAAUCACGCAUUUUUAUUUUUGUUUGAUUUUGUUUUGUUUUAGAUAUUAGGCACAUCAGUUGAUUAUGUAUUCCACUAGAAAACUGUUAGUGUCAUUGUUUUGGUUUGGUUUUGUUCUUUUCUGUAUUGAUAUCCUGAUCAGCAUUGAGAUUAAAUGUUUUGUAAUGCUGUCUGUAAUACAUACAUAUUGAACUCAUCACAGAUACUAUUUCAAUAUGCAAUGGCAUGACUUUUAUUGUGUCAUUCUGAUGACAAAUUGUGUGGUCACGAUACAAAACAAAGGCACCUCACUGACUCUAUAAAUAAACCAGAGAACACUUCAUCAUCCAUGCUAUUUUACUAGAAACUGAGUAGAAUGGAUGUAAUAUUUCUACAAAUGUUAACAUUGAUCUUUGCAUCAAAGUGACCAUUCUAUAUUUUGAUGCAAUCAUGACAUGUUCUCUGUAUAAACUUAUUUAAACUGUCCUCUGAAAAUGACAAUGAAUUUGGUUUCUUCUGAUUAGAAAUUUGUUUUUGCCAUUUUUUUCAUGGGCACAUUGAGUUCCAUUAUUUCAUAAUAAUGUCUGAUCCCAGUUUAACAUGCUCAGAUUAUUUUUUACUCAACAUUUGAUCAGUUCAUUUUUCCAAGAUAAUAUACAGUAAGAUUACCUCAACUUGUUAAACUAUCAAGCUAAUAUUUCAAUCUACUAAUCAGUGUUGUGAAAGUUUCCUGCUCUUGUAGGUGGUAUAAAUUAGAAUCUUUAUCAGCAGUAAACAUAUCAAUUGUUGGUGUCUUCCUAUACACUGCUCUUUUAUGACCUAUGCUCUAUUUAUAGGAAGAGUGGUGGGUCACUGCUUGCUUGAAAUGUAACUUGAACCAUCGGUUUGAUUUUCAAGCAGUUUUCCAAACUGCUCUGCAGCAAUGUCAGUGUCAAAAUGCGAAUGGCUGUUUAACCAUCAUCAUUGCGUCACUGACACAACGACAAAACUGUGUUGCUAAAAUCAGUUUAGUUUAAAUACUAAGCUGCACAGUUUAACAAAAUACUGUGGUCAUGAUGAGUACACAUUAAUUAUAUAUUGCAACAUGAAGAUUUAUGCAUCUCUUUCGU